UGAUAAUAUGCGAUAUGCUUAUAUGUUAGACGAAAAGUUCCUGACGACUUGUUUUCGGUAGUAUUUGACAGCCAGACCCAAAACGGAAGAGGUGGGGCCGAAUGACGUGAGCGAUGUUUUGCUAAAGCAGAGCCAUGAACGGGAGCACGAAUCCGCUGCUGGACAAAGAGGAACAUGUUUUGAAGCUCGGAGAAAGCUUUGAGAAGAGGCCAAAAUCUUCCUUCCACACUAUCAGAUAUGACUUCAAACCAGCAUCUAUCGACACAAGCUGUGAGGGAGAGCUACAAGUUGGGAAAGGAGAUGAAGUUACCAUAACACUACCUCAUAUUCCAGGCUCCACUCCUCCAAUGACUGUAUUCAAAGGAAACAAGCGGCCAUACCAGAAAGACUGUGUGCUCAUCAUUAAUCAUGACACAGGGGAAUUUGUCCUGGAGAAGCUGAGCAGUAGCAUCCAGGUCAAGAAAACCCGGGCGGAGGGCAGCAGUAAGAUCCAGGCCCGGAUAGAGCAGCAAUCGGUUCGGUCCAGUCAGCCCAGCUCUCAGUUCCGGGCCCCGACCAAACCCGGAGCUGGGGUCAAAACCUCCCCUUCCCCAUCUAAAGAUAACCCCUCCCCAGAGCCUCAACUCGAUGACAUUAAGAGAGAGCUGCGAGCCGAGGUGGAGGUGAUAGAGCAGAUGAGCAGCAGCGGCAGCAGCAGUUCCUCUGACUCAGCCAGCGCCUCGGGUAGCGGCGAUGACAGCAGCAGCAGUGACGGUGAGCAUGACGCCCCCCGACCGCUGAACCAGACCUCCCCCAGCCGCCACCUGAUGGCCAACGAAGGAGGCGACCGGCAGCAGGGCAGCAACCAGCUCAUGAACACUCUCCGAAACGAUCUUCAGCUCAGUGAAUCGGGCAGCGACAGUGAUGACGACUGAACUCAUUAGUCAGUCUCUCACUCCACACUCCUCCUUCUCCCAGUUCACCUGUUCCUUUGCUGUGAUAGCUGACUCCAGCUAGAUAUCAUGGUUUGACUGUAUUUUCUAUUUUAUUUUAGUAUGUCCUUAAAGCUGGCCAGCCUGGAACUUUAAGAGUGUAUUUUUAUUAGAUGUAUAUUUUGUUUUUGUAUAGCAAAACUUUAGAAAACUUUACUUGAGAGGUUUGGAAGACUAUAUUUUAGAGUGCACAUACAUAUUUUCUGUACUUAGAGCAGCUCCUUUUAACAUUUUUUUUUUUGGUUUUGGGUUUUGUCUUUAUGGUAAGACAAGCAAAUGUAGUCCUGAAAUGUCACCACUCAUUAUCUCCUCUUUCUCAGAGAGAGCUAUAGAAGUUAUCUCUGCAUCGUUGCUACGUUCUUAUUAGUUUACCAAGAUUGUUAUUAGUUUACCAAGAUUACAAAAACAUGCAGAAUUGCACAGAUACUCAGCGAAUGAGCAACAAUUCAAUGAAAACAGCUAUUUGAAGGCGCAAGUGAGAAUGACACAAUAUUAGGCAGGUGGUUUGAAAGUUGUGGCUGAUCAGUGUAACUGUACCUCAGCAUUGUUUAUAGGCUUAUUCUGGUGUCAAGACAAAACACAGAAAAGAGUAUAAAAAGAGAUUACUUGAUGAUUAUAAAUCCUUCUCAGUUUAGUAGUGGGAUAAUAAUUGAUCCAAAUAAAAAAAAAAAGUCUAGAUCAAAAGCAGCAUUAGAUUUUAAAACAAAGUAUGCAGGAUUAAAGCUGGAGAAGGGAACAGACAUUCUUUUGUUUCACAUUUCCUGUAUCAGCCAUGUGUUGUUUUAUCAGGCAGAGAACAUUUUAUUUUUGAUCGAGUAUUUUCAUAAAAAUGUUUUACCAUAGUACCAUUCCAUGCCUUAGAGCAUUUCAGUUUGGAAAUGAAGGUGAAUGUGUCAUUCUGAAAAUGCCAAAGAGUUGAACUGCCCCUCUUCACGUGCAGGAUUGUUCUUAGUGUUAUCAGUGUGUGUAUUUAUUUUACCUCGCUCUCAGGCUCCCAGUGUCGUACAUACGAGUUGUGGUGUCAGUUCUCUUUGUCAGCCAGAUACACAGCUGUUGGUAGUUUCAUAAGUGGUAGUUGCAGGUGUGUAAUUGAAACUUCAGGGCAUACCCAUGCUUGCCAGUUUAAUAGGUACACUAGGGAAAAUAAAUGCAUUGUAAUGCAUUCCUUCUUGCCUUAAGUCUUAGCUUCAUGCUUGUUCUAAUGUUUAAUUUUAAGCUAAAGCAAAGGAAGAAAGGUGAUAAUUUAACGGUAUGUUCAUUGUGGAGGGUGUAGGUUUUGAUACUGCUAACCUGUAUUAAAUUAAACACAAAAGUAUUUCUGUGAUUUAGUCUAGCCCACUAACAAUACUAUCUAACAGUACUGCCAACUGCAUUCUCUAAAACAUAGUUGAAUCUACAGCUCACUCAGUUAUUUGAAGCAAAUUCUGAAUCUAAUAACCAUCAUGAAGUCCAGAUUUAGUGCAGGACUGUUAUCAGAUUACUUGAGACAAUUUGAAUUGUUAUUGACACUGUAUAAUUAACCUGAAAUGAACUAAAUGUAAUGUGUGUACCUAAGGAAGUGGAAAGUGAGUGUAACUUCAUCAUCACACUGCUAACAUUAUCUCUGGUUAAACAGAGAUAAUCACCGCGUUCCUCAAAAAGCAUCUUAAGAUUAAGGUAGUGUUGGCACAGAACAGAGGAGACAUGGUUGAGUCAUGAGACAGUCACUGAAAACUGCUAAUGCUCAAAUUACUAGUAUUUCUUCCACUGCGUAGGGAAUGAUCCAUCUGCAGGUUGUUAAUCCUUAGCGGGGAACUGUUGAAUGUGUGAUGAUGCAGACAGACACAAAUGUCUAAUUUUACCCUCUGGUGUUUUGUCUGAAAACUGUAAACUUCUUGUAACACAAUUUUGUGGUCCUCUGGGCUCUGACGUAUUUGGUGCUGUGGUUCUUGUGUUUUUACAUUACAUUACAUAGAGCUAUGUGAACUAUGUUUGUAGGAAUUUGAAGUGUAUUAAAGGUGUGCAUGUGUAUUUCACAUAGAUUUA